AUGGAAGAACAUUGGUAUUAUGGGCAGCAAUGCCAUGUCCCUAAUUCUGGUCCUUCACAUAUAAACUAUGUCCAUUAUCCACCUCCUCAGAACCAAUCGGCACAUUUCAUGCAGUGGCAACAAGCAUCACCUCAGCUACCAGUGCCCCCUUAUCCUCCUCCUGUAGUAGGUCCUUACACAAUUCCUCCUCCAAAUUUCCCUCCCUCCUCUAGCACUUACGACUAUUCAUACCAGCAAUCAGUUCAGACAUCGUCUUCUCAAUAUCAGUACUACCAAGGUUCUAGCAACAUGGUGCGAGGGCAUGAUUAUAAAAAGGAGCUUGAUGACUACAGGGCCGUGAAAAAGGCUAGCAUAAGGGAUAGUCCUUCAGGCUACAAUCAGAAGAGAUCUGGUGAACCUAGUAGCAGCAUGAGUGCUUCCUAUUCAAAAGGGAAUAGAAGCCGGAGCCGAAGCGUGAGUAGAAUUCGUAAUAGCGCUCAAAGUAGAGACACAAGUAGGUACGUAAACAAAAACAAUCCCAGAGAAAGGGAAUGUCCAAAAGAUAAAUACAAAGGUAAAGAUACAGCAAGACAAGUGCAAAAUGAGCGCGAUGAAAUACUUAACAGAUACAAGCGCAACUAUUGCCAUACAGAAAAGCAAAUAUCUCAAAAACUGGAAGAAAUUAGCCGCAAACAUAUAGACUUUUUAGACCAAGAAAAAAAUUUUUGGAUUAGAUCCACACCAUCAGAACUAUUUUAUCAGAAAGAUGAAAGUAAUUUGAAAAUCACCAAGGCCACUGAUAAGUUGAUUAAGUUGUGCUUAGAGUUUGAUGAGCUUCUGGUCUCAAGAGCUCUUAAAGUAAACUCGUUAAAGAGCAAAUAUGUACCUCCUCCUCGAAAAAACAGAUCAAGGGUGUGCAAACAUAGGACUGAAGUGUCCACCAGUUCUGAUUCAGAGAGCUCAGAAGAUAAUUUAACAGAUGAGGAAAAUUUUUCAAUGGAGGAAUUGCAAAGAAAACAACAGCAUCCAGAUAGGUUGCAUCCAGAAAUGUGGUAUAACGAUCCAGGAGAAAUGAACGAUGGUCCAUUAUGUCGGUGCUCCUUUAAGUCGAAGAAAUCGGGUAUAAGACAUGGGAUUUAUCCUGGCGAAAAAAAUAUUUCCAAGUGCAACCCUCAUAGCAAUAACGCCGACCGACUUUAUCAUUACAGGAUCAUAAUAUCGCCUCCGACAAAUUUCCUUAUUAAGGCUCCCACCAUAAUACAACAUGACGAACACGAGUUUAUAUUUGAAGGAUUUUCAAUAUUCUCACAUGCGCCGCUUGUUCAAUUACCCCACUGCAAAGUAAUCAGAUUCAACAUAGAGUACACCAUCAUGUAUUUAGAAGAAAAAAUCCCAGAUAACUUUACUGUCUGCGAAUUAGAUAUGUUUACAGAGUAUUUAUUCCGUGAAGUGUUGGAGUUGAUCGAUUUAGAUUUAACCACCCCUAAAGAUAGCGAAUACUGUUCUCAGUUCCACUACAUGCCCAGAUUCGUUAGAGAACUCAACGAAAACGGCAAGGAAAUUCUUUGCAUGGAGGUGGUGCUCCAAUAUUUGUUAAACUGUUCAGUACCAUUGAUACAAAAAAAUGAUCUAAAAACCAUGGUCAAGAUGUCCCAGUAUGAGUGGCAACAUUUUGCUGACGAAAUCAAGGGAAUGGUGGUUACUUACCCGGGCAAGAAGCCCAGUUCAGUACGUGUGGACCAACUAGAUAGAAAUAUCGAUCUUCAAAAGGAGGGAGACUACAAGUUCCCGGAAAUCGUCCAUUUCGGUAUUCGACCACCUCAGUUAAGCUACGCUGGCAAUCCAGAAUAUCAAAAAGCGUGGAGGGAAUAUGUAAAGUAUCGACAUCUUAUAGCGAAUAUGUCCAAGCCGACUUUCGAAGACAAACGCAAACUAGAAGCAAAAGAGGGCAAGCUUCAAGAGAUACGCACCCAGGGCAAGAUGAAACGGGAUGUCACCAUAGCUGUUUCCGCGGAAGGUUUUUACAGGACCGGGAUUAUGUGCGAUAUUGUGCAGCACGCUAUGCUCAUUCCUGUUCUCAUAUGUCACUUGAGAUUUCAUAAUGCUCUCAAUGUAUUGGAAGAGUCGAUAGAAUACAAGUUUAAAAAUCGUGGAUUGUUACAAAUUGCUUUAACGCACCCAUCAUACAGACAAAAUUUCGGUACAAACCCAGAUCACGCAAGAAAUAGCUUGACCAACUGUGGUAUUAGACAGCCAGAGUAUGGAGAUAGGAGAAUUCAUUAUAUGAAUACUAGAAAAAGAGGUAUAAAUACUCUUAUAAACAUAAUGUCAAGAUUCGGCCGACAGCAAGAGACCGAAUCCAACAUAACGCACAACGAACGCCUCGAGUUCUUGGGAGAUGCAGUUGUCGAAUUUUUGUCUUCUAUUCACCUAUUUUUUUCAUUUCCUGACCUCGAGGAAGGUGGGUUGGCUACAUAUAGGGCCGCUAUUGUUCAAAAUCAGCAUUUAGCUCUGUUAGCUAAAAUACUGAAUCUAGAUCAAUUCAUGCUCUACGCUCAUGGAUCUGAUUUGUGUCACGAUCUCGAGUUAAAACACGCCAUGGCGAACUGCUUCGAGGCCCUUAUGGGUGCCCUCUUUUUGGAUGGCGGCAUCGACGUGGCGGAUAAAGUGUUUUCUAACACUUUGUACCAAGACGAGCCCGAACUACUAAAAGUAUGGAAAGGGUUGCCGCUACACCCGUUGCAAGAACAGGAGCCUCACGGCGACCGACAUUGGAUUGAAAAAUUCGAAAUUCUUCAAAAAUUAACUGGCUUUGAAAAAGCCAUCAACGUAGAGUUUAAUCACAUCCGCUUGCUAGCUAGAGCUUUUACCGAUCGCAGCGUGGGUUACACGAACCUUACGAUGGGCUCGAAUCAAAGAUUAGAAUUUCUAGGAGACACUGUACUUCAGUUAAUCGCAUCCGAGUACUUGUACAAGUAUUUUCCCGAACACCAUGAAGGUCAUUUGUCAUUGUUGAGGAGUUCUCUGGUAAACAACAGAACACAGGCUGUUGUGUGCGACGACUUGGGCAUGGCCCAAUAUGCCAUCUAUAACAACCCAAAGCCAGAAUUAAAAACUAAAGACAGGGCCGAUCUAUUGGAAGCUUUUAUCGGCGCUCUUUACGUGGACAAGGGAAUGGAAUAUUGCGAGGUGUUUUGCCAAGUGACUCUGUUCCCGAGGUUGCAAGACUUCAUAAUGAACCAAGAUUGGAAUGAUCCCAAGUCUAAAUUGCAGCAGUGUUGCCUUACUCUACGAACCAUGGACGGGGGUGAACCAGAUAUUCCCGUUUAUAAGGUUAUAGAAUGCAAAGGUCCCACUAACACUCGGGUCUACACGGUUGCCGUAUAUUUCAGGGGUAGGAGAUUGGCAAGCGCGAUGGGUCACAGUAUCCAGCAAGCGGAAAUGAACGCGGCGAAGAAGGCUUUGGAAAUAUCACACCACUUGUUCCCCCAACUAGACCACCAAAAGCGGGUGAUCGCCAAGAGUAUGAAAAAGCAGAAAAAAGGGGGGCGAUCAAAAUCUCGAAGCUUCGACAGCCUAAGAAGGAAAUCUCCAGAGAGCUACUCGCGGAAUCGGUUUAAAAGUCGUUCGAGAUCUCGAAGUACCUCGAGGUCAAAAAGAAGUAGAAGCCGUGGGGAUAGGUUAGAUUCGAAUCAACACUCGUCCACGCCAAAGAAGAAAACGUCGAGAUCGAGAAGUAUUAGUAGUAGCAGCAGCAGCAGCAGCGGUAAAGGAAGCAAAAAGUAACCGAUUUACAGUAAGCAGUGAAGUUUAUGUUCAGUAAAAAUAAGUCAGUAGUGAAAAAAGACAUUUUCAGUCUUUACUGAGCCUAUAAACCAAAUUAAUGGAAAAUAUAUACGAUUUGUCACAUUUAUUUAGUUUUGUCAAACAAAUCAAAGGCAAAUCAAAAUAGAUCUUCUGCUAGUUUUUUUAUGACUUUCAUGACAUUAAACGACUACAAAUGAUAUAUACGUUUUCAUUAAGCAUUUAAUUUGUUUAACGCAAGGGGAUGACGCGUCGUUCACUUUAUUUAUGAGCAUUAACCCAAAAUGGACAGUUACGACAAUACCUAAAGAUCUUUUACUAGUACUCCUCGCACAAUACUCGAAAACAUUCACUUAGUAGUAUCGGGAUAAAAAGGGUAAUGCCAAUAUCCAAGAUUGCUCAGCGAGAAUACUCAAGAACAGCGUUCACCCAAUCCACACCGGGAUGGCUGUGGUUGUGCCUAUUGCGUUUCAGAAUACACUUGACACAACUUUAAUACUUUCGCUAGGGGCUAUUUAAAGGUAAUGCAAAAUCAUAAAAAAUUGCUGUAAAUAAUUAUUAGAUAUAAUUUCGUUUGACGUUACUAACAUAUCAAGUGGGUGAUUAGAGUCGUCAAGUAAACUUCGUCGGUGAUUUACCGCAGAAUGAGUCGCUUGCCGUAGGGAACCCCGGAUGUUUUAAAAGUCGCUAAACAACACUGUUGUCCGCACCUAACCGGUCCAAUUCAACUUUUGUAGUGUUUCACACAUCAUUCAGUUGGUGUUAAUUUGAAUGAGUGUCUAUCAGUUGAUUUAAUAAAUAUAUUUAUAGAUAUAAUUGGUGAGUAUUUGAUUUUAUUUCUAUUUAUUUUAAUUUUAGAAACAUUUAACUUUUCAGAAAAUUGGAAAAAAUGUGGCUAAUGUUUUAUAUAAAUUUAAAUAAAUAUGUUUUUUUUAGUAUACCUUUACUCUGUCAUAUUGAAUUCAUUAUAUCACAUAUGUUAUCAUAUUUUUAUUUAGUUUAAAAAAAUUCGUCAAUAUUUGGAGGAAUAUUUAAAGUUUGGUUUCAUACCCGCUGUUCACGGAUGAGCACAUACCUUUUUGUCUUUUAUGCGAGCAAUUCUUGACCAACGAAUUAAUGAAACGAGGACGUCUUGAGGCGCAUUUGAAGGCUUAACAUACUGCUCAUAUUAAUUCAGAUUUGAGUUACUUUAAAAGUGUAAAGAAAAAUUUUGAAAAAAGAACAACCUUACCGGUCUCUAUUU